AAAAAACCAACAGUCAUCAUUCAAAUUUUCUCGCCUAUUUUCUUUCCAAAAUCGAAAUUCAGAUCACAAUGGACAUGGCUGGAGUAAAGCGGGGUUUGAGAUCGAUGUCGAAAUCAAUGUUGAUGAUGAUAUUUAAUCUCGUAUUAGCUUUCGUGUUAGUUUCGGCAGAAAGAGGCACGACAAUGGAGGUUAUUUCAAGGUCUAAUAAUAACAAUAAUAACAUUGGAACUGAAAACUCUGAAUCCAACUUUUUAUUUAGAACAGUGAAUUUAUUAUGGCAGUCAAACAAAUCAUCAUCAUCUGGAUAUCACCAUGCGUGGCCCGACAUGGAAUUUGGGUGGCGAAUUGUUAUGGGCUCUGUAAUUGGAUUUUGCGGUGCAGCUUUCGGAAGCGUAGGCGGAGUUGGCGGUGGUGGGAUUUUCGUUCCUAUGCUUAGCCUUAUAAUUGGCUUUGAUGCAAAAUCUGCAACAGCUAUAUCAAAAUGCAUGAUCAUGGGUUCAUCUGUCUCAACAGUUUACUAUAACCUUAAGUUAAGGCAUCCAACACUUGAUAUGCCUAUUAUUGAUUAUGAUUUGGCAUUGCUCAUACAACCCAUGCUCAUGUUAGGAAUUAGUAUUGGUGUUGCUUUCAAUGUGAUCUUUGCUGAUUGGAUGGUCACUGUUUUGCUUAUCAUUCUCUUCACAGGAACAUCUACAAAGGCAUUUUUCAAGGGUGUUGAAACAUGGAAAAAGGAAACCAUAAAGAAGAGAGAAGCUGCUAAUUAUAACAAUGGUGGUGAUGAUGCAGAGUACACAGCUCUGGCUAUUGGACCAAAUAAUGAUGAUAAAGUAGAAGAGGUCAGAGUUGUUGAGAAUGUGUAUUGGAAGGAAUUUGGACUUUUAGUUUUUGUUUGGGUAUCAUUCCUUGGAUUACAAAUUGGCAAGAAAUAUACAUCUACUUGUUCGAUGGGAUAUUGGGUCAUCAACUUAAUGCAGAUCCCAAUUUCUGUUGGGGUAUCAAUGUAUGAGGCAGUUGGUUUAUACAAAGGACGUAGAAUUAUUGCAUCAAAGGGUGAUGAGGGAACAAAUUGGCGUGUUCAUCAACUUGUUCUCUAUUGUGCUUGUGGAGUACUUGCAGGAGUAGUUGGUGGUUUGCUUGGGCUUGGUGGAGGGUUCAUUAUGGGUCCUAUGUUUUUGGAGAUGGGAAUUCCCCCUCAGGUGUCGAGUGCGACAGCCACAUUUGCAAUGACGUUCUCAUCAUCUAUGUCUGUUGUGGAGUAUUACCUUCUAAAACGGUUCCCAAUACCUUAUGCUUCGUAUUUUGUUGGUGUGGCUACUGUUGCGGCCCUCAUAGGACAACAUGUUUUAAGAAAGUUAAUUAUUUUGUCUGGAAGGACAUCUUUGAUCAUCUUCAUUUUAGCCUUUACAAUUUUUGUCAGUGCAAUCACAUUGGGUGGGGUUGGAAUUUCAAACAUUAUUCGAAAUAUUGCAAGACACGAAUACAUGGGCUUCGAAAACCUCUGCAAGUAUGAAGUUUAGCAUUCUCAAAUUCUCAUUACCAUUUCACAAGGCUGCAACUGCACUUAAAACUCUAUUAAUUCCUCAGCUUGAUUCGCAUUGCGCAAGAUAACAUGCACAAAUAAUCAAGAAAUGGUCUAAAUUUUUUUUUACCAAAUUAAAAAAUCCUCAGCUUGAUGAAUCAAUGUUUCCUCUUAUUCUUUAGUUACCCGUGUAAUUUUUUCAUUUGAAAUUUCGGCUACUUAGAUUACAAAUGAGAAGAUACAAAACAUUAUAUUAUGUAUAGAAAAAGUUAAAGAGUAUAUUUAGCUAAAAUACCUGAACGAUUACAUUUAUAGUGUUUUAAGUACUUAAAUUAUAAUUUUACCAACUAAAGUAUCUAAAAUAUUUGCGCCAAAAAGUUAUAUUAUAAAAUUGUAAAUUGUUGCUGUUUUCCCUAGGAGCGUAGUUGCUGUGUUGGACUGUAAAAAAUAUGGGUUGUGUCGUGUUAUGUUAUAAAAAAAAUAUGGGUUGUGUCGUGCUUUCGGGCUUGUCGUGCCUAAGCUCAUAUUUUUUUGUGUCCUGUCGUGCUUAAACUCAUAUUUGUUCGUGUCAUAUCGUGCUUAAGCUCAUAUUUUUUCGUGUCGUGUGUCGUGUUUAAAUUUAUAUUUUUUCGUGUCAUGUCGUGCUUCAGUCCAUAUUUUUUAAUGUCGUGCCUAAGCACAUACUUUUUCGUGUUGAGUCGUGUUCCUGCCUCUCAGGCUCGUUCGUGCCGUGUCAAAAAGUCUGGUCCAUAUUUACAUCACUAUGUGGGAGGAUGUGGUAUAGGAGAAAAAGCCUUAUGCAUAAGAGAUAAUGACUAACUGAGUGGUUGAUUACUAGGCUAAGUUAAGUAUUUGGUGAAUCAUUGUGCUGAUAGUUUCAUGGUACAAACUAGUUCUUACACAGUCCAAAGAUGACAGUCUUGGCAAUGGCAUCAUCAGCUUGUUCUAUGAAAGCAUUUCAUUGAUCAUUCUCCGUUACUGGUUGAGUUGAAGGCGAUAUCUAUGGUGUUGCGGUUUAGUUAUCAUACUAUUGUGUUGAAGUCAGAUUGUCUAAAUGCAAUCACCUACCUUAAGAACAGAGUUUAUGGACACUUCAUGGUUGUUAAUGAUAUUCUUGUUCUGAUUAAAAUUGUUAAUUAUGAUAUUCUUAAGAGUAGCCCAUGUUGUUUUAUAAUAGUUCUCUUAUGGGUAACUAUCACUUUUAUAGUAGAGAGGCUGAUGCUUUACUCAUUCUUUA